CCCGCCGCCCCUCCCGCGCGCGUCCACCGGCUCCCCGGCUCGCGCCGCUCCAUGUAGCCCCGGAUCCCCCGGCGGCCGCGGAGGAGGGGGCGACCACAAGAUGGCGGACCUCUCGCUGCUCCAGGAGGACCUGCCGGAGGACGCGGACGGAUUUGGUGUGGAUGACUACAGCUCAGAGUCUGAUGUGAUUAUUAUACCUUCAGCCCUGGACUUUGUCUCACAAGAUGAAAUGUUGACGCCCCUGGGGAGAUUGGACAAGUAUGCUGCAAGCGAGAACGUAUUUAACAGACAAAUGGUGGCCCGGAGUUUGCUGGAUACCUUGAGGGAAGUCUGCGAUGAUGAAAGAGAUUGUAUUGCUGUUUUGGAAAGAAUUAGCAGAUUGGCUGAUGAUUCAGAACCAACUGUGAGAGCGGAGCUAAUGGAACAGGUGCCUCAUAUCGCACUGUUUUGUCAAGAAAACCGGCCUUCAAUACCAUACGCUUUUUCCAAAUUCUUACUACCUAUCGUGGUUAGAUAUCUUGCAGAUCAGAAUAAUCAGGUGAGGAAAACAAGUCAGGCAGCUUUGCUGGCUCUGCUGGAGCAGGAGCUCAUUGAACGAUUUGAUGUGGAGACCAAAGUGUGCCCUGUCCUCAUAGAGCUGACUGCCCCAGAUAGUAAUGAUGAUGUGAAAACAGAAGCUGUGGCUAUAAUGUGCAAAAUGGCUCCCAUGGUUGGGAAGGAUAUUACAGAGCGUCUUAUCCUCCCUAGGUUUUGUGAGAUGUGCUGUGAUUGCAGAAUGUUUCACGUUCGAAAGGUCUGUGCUGCCAAUUUUGGAGAUAUUUGCAGUGUAGUUGGCCAGCAAGCUACUGAAGAAAUGUUGCUGCCCAGAUUUUUCCAGCUGUGUUCCGAUAAUGUUUGGGGAGUCCGGAAGGCUUGUGCGGAAUGCUUCAUGGCAGUUUCGUGUGCAACAUGUCAAGAAAUCCGACGGACCAAAUUAUCAGCACUUUUUAUUAAUUUGAUCAGUGAUCCUUCACGUUGGGUUCGCCAAGCAGCUUUUCAAUCUCUGGGACCUUUCAUAUCUACUUUUGCUAAUCCGUCUAGCUCGGGCCAGUAUUUUAAAGAAGAAAGCAAAAGUUCAGAAGAGAUGUCAGUAGAAGACAAAAAUAGGAUCAGAGAUCAAGAAGUCCCAGAGGAUGUACAAGUCAGGCCAGAGGAUAUUCCUUCAAAUUUAAGUGUUAGUAAUUCCAGUGUCAAACUGGAAAACACGAUGGAAGACCAUGCUGCUGAGGCAUCCGGGAAGCCUCCAGGUGAAAUUAGUGUUCCAGUGGACAGCUCUUUACUUUGUACUUUGUCCUCAGAAUCCCACCAGGAAGCAGCUAGUAAUGAGAAUAAAAAACCUGGUAACUGCAAAUCUACGUUACGACCAGAGGUUGACACCAGUUCACAAGAUUCAGCUUUCUUAGAUCAGGAAUUGUAUAACUCCUUCCAUUUCUGGAGGACUCCUCUUCCUGAAAUAGAUCUAGAUAUAGAGCUUGAACAGAACUCUGGGGGAAAACCCAGCCCAGAGGGACCAGAGGAAGCAGCUGAAGGCCCUGUGCUCAGUUCUCCAAACAUCACCAUGGCCACCAGAAAGGAACUGGAAGAAAUGAUAGAAAAUCUAGAGCCCCACAUUGAUGAUCCAGAUGUUAAAGCACAAGUGGAAGUGCUGUCUGCUGCACUACGUGCUUCCAGCCUGGAUGCGCAUGAAGAGACCAUCAGUAUAGAAAAGAGAAGUGAUUUGCAAGAUGAACUGGGUAUAAAUGAGCUACCAAAUUGUAAAAUAAGUCAAGAUGAUUCUGUGCCUUUAAUCAGCGAUACUGUUGAGAAUAUGGACUCCACUCUUCACUAUAUUCACAACGAUUCAGACUUGAGCAACAGUAGCAGCUUUAGCCCUGAUGAGGAAAGGAGAACUAAAGUACAAGAUGUUGUACCUCAGGCUUUGUUAGAUCAGUAUUUAUCUAUGACUGACCCUUCUCGUGCACAGACAGUUGACACUGAAAUUGCUAAACACUGUGCAUAUAGCCUCCCCGGUGUGGCUCUAACACUCGGCAGACAGAAUUGGCACUGUCUGAGAGAGACAUACGAGACUCUGGCCUCAGACAUGCAGUGGAAAGUUCGACGAACUCUAGCAUUCUCCAUCCACGAGCUUGCAGUUAUUCUCGGAGAUCAGUUGACAGCUGCAGAUCUGGUUCCAAUUUUUAAUGGAUUUUUAAAAGACCUCGAUGAAGUCAGGAUAGGUGUCCUUAAACACUUGCAUGAUUUUCUGAAGCUUCUUCAUAUUGACAAAAGAAGAGAAUAUCUGUAUCAACUUCAGGAGUUUUUGGUGACAGAUAAUAGUAGAAAUUGGCGCUUUCGAGCUGAACUGGCUGAACAGCUGAUUUUACUUCUAGAGUUAUACAGUCCCAGAGAUGUUUAUGACUAUUUACGUCCCAUUGCUCUGAAUCUGUGUGCAGACAAAGUUUCUUCUGUUCGUUGGAUUUCCUACAAGUUGGUCAGCGAGAUGGUGAAGAAGCUGCAUGCAGCAACACCACCAACAUUCGGAGUGGACCUCAUCAAUGAGCUUGUGGAGAACUUUGGCAGAUGUCCCAAGUGGUCUGGUCGGCAAGCUUUUGUCUUUGUCUGCCAGACUGUCAUUGAGGAUGACUGCCUUCCCAUGGACCAGUUUGCUGUGCACCUGAUGCCGCAUCUCCUCACCUUAGCAAACGACAGGGUUCCUAAUGUGCGAGUACUUCUUGCAAAGACGUUAAGACAAACUCUACUAGAAAAAGACUAUUUCUUAGCCUCUGCCAGCUGUCACCAGGAGGCUGUGGAGCAGACCAUCAUGGCUCUUCAGAUGGACCGUGACAGUGACGUCAAGUAUUUUGCAAGCAUCCACCCUGCCAGUACCAAAAUCUCUGAAGAUGCCAUGAGCACAGCAUCCUCAACCUACUAGAAGGCUUGAAUCUCGGUGUCUUUCCUGCUUCCAUGAGAGCUGAGGUUCAGCAGGCGUUCCACACGCAUGUGACCUGGGAUAGCUUUCGGGGGAGGAGAGGCUUUCCUCUCCUGCAGACUGAGUUGCAGGUGCAAGUUGCCCACACCCAGUACCAGGGAUUUUAAGAGUCAAGAGAAAGUACAGUAAACACACUAUUAUCUUAUCUUGACUUUAAGGGGAAAUAAUUUCUCAGAGGAUUAUAAUUGUCACCGAAGCCUUAAAUCCUUCCGUCUUCCUGACUGAAUGAAACUUGAAUUGGCAGAGCAUUUUCUUUAUGGAAGGGAUGAGAUUCCCAGAGACCUGCAUUGCUUUCUCCUGGUUUUAUUUAACAACCAACAAAUGAAAUUCUUACAGCUGAAGGCAGACAUGUGCCCAGAUGUGAAAGAGACCUUCAGUGUCAGCCCUAAGUGUUCUCUCCCAGGCAAGGACCUGCUGGGUUCUGUGGCCAGCUGUCCAGCCCAGCCCUGUGUGUGAAUCGCUUCUGAUGUAUGUAAAUGGGAAAGGUUUUUUUUUUACUUCUCCUGAGGGCUUGAUGCUAACACGAAAGUAGGAUUGACUUUAACUCGGAAGUACAGCAUAUUGCUGUACACAUUUACAGAAUGGUUGCUGAGUGUCUGUGUCUGAAUUUUUCAUGCUGGUCAUGACGUGAAGGAAAUUUAUUAGACGUAUACUAUAUGUCAGGUGUUUUAAACUUGAUCAUGAUCAGCUCUAAGGUGCAACUUCUUCACAUACUGUACAUACCUGUGACCACUCUUGGGAGUGCUGCAGUCUUUAAUCAUGCUGUUUAAACUGUCGUGGCACAAGUUCUCUUGUCCAAAUAAAAUGUAUUAAUAAGAUCUAUAGAGAAAGAUAUCUACACUUUUGAUUGUUUUCUAGAUGUCUAUGAAUAAAUGCAAUUUGUGACCUGUAUUAAUGAUUUAGUUUAAAAUGGGGAAACUAGAUUAAAAUAUUUGUCUUUUAACUAG